UUAGCAGUCUUGAUCAUAAUAAAGCCUAAGCAUUUAUUUCACUGAUGUGACUGAUAUACUGUUUACUUAAAAUAAACAAAUGAGAUUGUCUAAUGUUAUUUUUUUCUUCUGAGGUUGAGGUGUGCUGCAUGUCAGCUUCCAGCUAUUCAGUUUGCACUAUUUUUGGAUAUACUUUUUUUUUUUUUUCCUCACCCAGAGAGCUCUUGUUGCCAUGGAGCUGCUCUCCAGUUUCCUUGGCAGCAAGGGACAGGAAUUCAACACCUUCAUUCCUUCAUGGCACAAAACCUUCCUAGUCUACAUUUUUUUUUGUUUGUUUGUUUGUGUGUGUGUGUUCGUUCUUCUGAAGAGGACUCGGCGUUCUCUGAUCAUCCCCAUGAUGCGGGUGUGGAUCAGCAUCAUCAUAGACAGACGACACUGCAUCACUGUUAUGAAGCAAGCUAUAUUUCAUGAUGCAGAAGAAUGGAAAUCAUAGACGAGGAGAAGGAAGCCGACUGGAUUAAAGUUGCUCCUGAUUUCCUACCAUCCUCACCAUCAUGAUGGUGUGCAACGUCAGUUCAGGAUGUGGUCUACCAGAACAUCACACACUCAAAUAUGUAACAAAUGUCACUGGGCUUCAGGAAACCACAAACUCCUCUUUAUCCACCAGCCUGAAGGUUGUGCUGUCUGUCAUAAUGGUGGUCAUCAUCGCCAUCGGUUUUCUCGGAAACGCCAUCGUCUGCCUCAUAGUUUACCAAAAGCCGGCGAUGCGUUCUGCCAUCAAUCUGUUACUAGCCACGCUGGCUUUCAGCGACAUCAUGCUCUCACUCUUCUGCAUGCCUGUGACUGCUGUUACCGUGGUGUCCCAUGAUUGGUGUUUCGGACUGGACUUUUGCCGCAUCACGCUUGUGCUCUAUUGGCUCUUUGUGCUGGAAGGCGUGUCCAUCCUGCUGAUCAUCAGCGUGGACCGCUUUCUCAUCAUCGUGCAGCGGCAAGACAAGCUGACGCCGGGUCGUGCUCGCCUGUUCAUCGCCGCGUCCUGGUUGUUCUCCUUCUGCUUGGCCUUGCCUGCUGCCGGCAGCGUGCCAACUAUUAAAGCUUCACGCUGCGUUUUGGGCUACAUUGAGUCCCCUAACCGCGGCUACACACUGCUGCUGGUCAACGCUGUCUUUUUCGUGCCCGUGAGCGUCAUGCUGGUCUCCUAUUUGCGCAUCCUAAACACGGUGCGCCGCAACGCCUUGCGUGUCCACAACCACACCUUUCCCAGUCCUGAACAUGGAGGAAAAGUGAGUUUGCCGGUUCUACGGCGCCCCCCGCAGCUCAGCGUGGACGUGAGCUUCAAGACGCGGGCCUUCACUACGAUCCUUAUCCUUUUUGUUGGGUUUUCCGUGUGCUGGCUGCCCCACACGGCGCUCGGCCUCUUGGCUGCUUUCAAUCAGAAGUUCUACACGAGUAACGAGUUUUACGCAGCAAGCGUGGGGGCGCUGUGGCUCAGCUACUUGAAGGCUGUGUUUAACCCUGUGGUGUACUGCUGGAGGAUCCGCAAGUUCCGCGAGGCCUGCGACGAAUUUGUACCCAGGAGCUUCAGGAUGCCCAGGCUGAGGGCACGAGGUGGACCCAGGGUUCGUCCCUGCAGCAUCUACGUCUGCGCUGAGAGCCAGUCAGCCAUGUGAUGCUUUGCCAGACAUGAUGUUACUUGGACCCUCGAUCGUUCAUUCAUCUUCAGUAACCUCUUUAUCCUGGACCAGGGUAACAGUGGAUCUGGAGCCUAUCCCAGGAACACUAGGUGUAAGGUGGGAACACAACCGGUACAUUGCAGUGCACCAUAUGCACACACAUUCACACUC